AUGACCACCGCCGUCGCCAGCUACACUCUCACCACCCCUCCCGCCCUCGACGCACCCUACGCCUUCCCGACGACGCACUCGAGACGCCUGGCCAGCGACGGAGACCGCUAUGCGCGCGUCCGGCCACGCAGCAGAGACCACAACACACCCAACCAUGUAGCUUGGAAGAGACGCAGCACGCCAGAUGCCACUUCAAUUGCGGGCAUGGAUCGACCCAUGAGGAGGGACGGGGAGCGCAGCGGGCACUCUGGCAUUGGCACGACUAGCACACCCACCGCACGGCCAAACACCUGGUUCCGCCGUCUGUCGAGCAGCAUAUCAACGUCACGCGAUUCGAGUCGAACACCCUCGUCUCGCCCUGCUUCUGCAGCCUAUACCAAUGGAUCGCUGGCGUUCUCUCAGGCCGGCUCCACCACGCCCAUGUUUCCAGACACCACACCAGCUCCUCUGCCGCCCAACAAGCUCGUGAAACGCACAGCUUCACUGCAUAGCUCGAAUGGCUCAUCCUCGCCAUCAUCAGGGUCCAGACUACCCCUUCCGACGUUUCGCAGGCCCGCCACGAGUCAUCAGCGAUCCGCCACGCUUCAAAGUCGCCUCUCGAGCUCAAGUCCAGCGGGUCAUAUCACCUCUGCUGGCGAUAAUCAGGGAGCACGUGACUCUGAAUGGCGGUCGUAUUUCGUCCCUCGGGUGGCUGCUGACCGCACUCCGUCGAAGAGGCGUAGUUCCACAAGCAUUCCAAAUCCUAUCAAGCGUGUGUAUCCUGAUCGAAGAUACACUCCGACUCUGGUUUCUGCAAAGGAUCUCGUGCAGCCCGCUGGUGUAGAGCUUGAUGACGGGGUGAGCGAUACUGACGAGAACAUGGCAGCUGCUACACAACAAACAGCGCCUAGCACUGCUUCCUCACCCUUUCCCACACAGGCUGCGUUCUUUGAGGAAAGCACUGCGCCUCGCCGAUCCUUCUCCAUCAGCGACCUGCUGUCCACCGGACCACAGCCACUAUGGCGGCGACCAGCAUCUAGUAAAGGUCGGCCCUGGUCGUCUAGAUCUGUUCGCAAAGGACGGCCACGAGUGGCAUCUGAGCCACAGAAGCCAAUGGGUAGUGGUAUCAGCAGUCUGAUAGGCCACGACUCCGAGAGACCAGCGAAACGACGUGACCUGACCGAUCCAAAGGCGUCACAGCGGAGCAUCUAUUCCUCGUCGAGCAGCCAGAAUGUUACUCCCGCAGACAGCCGUCCUGAGAUCGACUUGAGUCUCGGCGUUGAGUCACCUUCAUUGCAGUUCACGCCCGACCAUUCUCUCCACGUGGAGCCAGCCACACAAGUGCGAACACCAUCUUCGAAUGAGCCGCAAAGGUCCCUCUCCACUUCUCUUCAGAGCGCUCCGACUCGACCCAUACGGCUAUCGGCUGCGCAGUCGGAGAUUACAUCGACCAUUGGCUCUGACAGUGAGUACCUUUCUACCGGCGACAACAGUACCGACUAUCAAAGCGACAAUGCUUUCGACUCAAUUCACACGCGAACCACGCGCAGCAGUUCUGGGCGUAGAGGACCCCAUAUCGAGACAAUCUUCGACGACUCUCCGCCGACAUUCUCAUCUGGUAGAAGCACCAAACUCCGCGAUUUUCUCAGCGAUGGUCAGUUCGGUAAUGAAUAUGGAGGACCGCAUCGACACAGCACGAUCGAAGAAGAAGAUAGCGUGGUCAGUACUCCAGUACGAUCGAUACGCAACAAGAGUGUGACUUCAACACCGUCUGGACGUUCAGCUGCUCCACAGAUAUUCUCCUCAUCUCCUCCUGUGAUGGAGAUCAUGCCCGACUUGGAUGACGCAGAUUGGGAUGUGGCUGAGGUAAGGGACGGUGACUAUGGGCUUGGUAUACAGCCGCAUGCCACGAUAUCGCCGGUCAAUGGCACAACAUAUGACCGAAACAUGCUUUUCCGCUUCGGACCAACUUUACGGCCAGGCCAUAGCCACUCUGCAAACUCGACGCCCAGGAGGAAUGGAGCGUCUCCCAUGGACAAGACCAACGUGUUUGACUGGUCUGAGCAGCAGCCUAGUCCAAGCCAUCCCAACAACUCUCCUCCAAGACCACGGACUGUGCAUGGCAAGAAGGACCAAGACAGUCGGGGCAGUCGCCCUUCAGGUCGACGACCUGCCAGUGGGAUGCACGCUCGUAGCCACAGUGUGCCCGUUGUCCCAGAUCUGGAUGGCAAGCGUAGCAGUGUCGUAGCUAAUAAAUUCGGCACAUGGGGAGUGGGGAGCAAGGCUGUAACAGAGGACUGGAACGAGGACUUCGACUUUGACGAGCCCACUUUGCCCGUCCAGGCGAGCAUCGAACAAGAUGAGAGGAGAAUCGAUAGUGGCCACGAGAUGUUUGUGCCAAAGUCGAUCCGGGAGCAGCAGGAGAACGUGGUCAUGAACAUUGGGUUGCUGAGAGAGUGGGGCCUGCUUAUCGAAGAACUCAAAGAUCUUCGUAUGCGAGCAGUCGCACUGGACAUGUUGAAAGGACCAUACGCUAAAGAAUGGCGUGAGGUCGACGCCAUGAUUGAACUGGCAGACCAGGAAUCGGAAGAGCACACGCUCGCACCGCGACGAUCCCCGCCAUCAUCACCGGGCUUUGAUGACAGCGCCUUCGAGGACACACCCUCCACAAAGGCUCGACUACGACAAUCAUCUGGCAAAAUUACAAAUCGUGAAGGAGCUGGUACCACUGGGUCUCCUAAUCCUGCAAGGGAGGCGGGUGUCCAGAACCAGGUCAUCAUCACUCGACCUCGUAAAGACUCUGAAUUGGUAGCUCAGAGUGUCAUCGCAGCUUUACAGACUAAGCGCAGCACCUCCGACCCGUCCAUGCUACCGGUCAGCUCGAAGAAGGUGCCAUUUGACACGGCAACCCUACGUCACAUUGUUCCAUAUGUGAACAGCCUCAAACGAAAAGUGAAGGAUGCAUUGCGCGAGACAGAAGGACUGUAUUCCAGUCCACACAGGCGAUCAUCGCCCAACUCGCGGAAGCGCAGGGAGUGGGCAGAAGAAGAACCAGGCUUUAGCAUGAUGUUCAAUGAGAAGAAGCACGAUGACGAUACCACGACUCAACGACAGUCACGACGCGAGGGAGCAGCCACCGACAACGAUGGCUCAGAGCUCUCUCUGUCCAAUCAGGACGGGUUUCUUGCAACCCGCAUGAAGCAAUUGAAUUUUCCAAAGUGA